AGGGUUACAGAUAAAGUUUCAUUUGAAUGUGUUCCUGCCUGUGACAUGAUGGCGGCCGAUCGAGCUGUGCCCGAAGUUCCUCUUUCCCUGUCUGCCAAUGUGGUCGGGUCAUUUGCUUAUUUGACCAUAAGAGACAGACUGCCGACCAUCCUGACGAAAGUUAUCGACACCAUUCAUCGUAACAAAAACAAGUUUUUUGAAGAGUACGGAGAGGAGGGCGUCCAGGCAGAGAAAGCGACCAUUUCUCUCCUGUCCAAGCUUAGAAAUGAGCUGCAGACUGACAAGACAGUCCUGCUCCUGACAGAUGGUCUGGCAGACGCAGACUCCUGGAACCAGUACCUGCGGAGACAGCAGGACCAGCAGGACCCCGUCAGCUGGUUCAGGUCUCAAUGGCUCUACGUGGAGUGCUACAUGUACCGGAGAAUACAGGAAGCCUUGUGGCUCAAUCCCCCCAUCAGUGACUUUGACGUAUUUAAUGAAGGAAAGACUCAGAGCUUCUUUGAGUCUCAGCAGGCAGUGAUAGCUUUGUGUACUUAUCUGCAAGACGUCAACACAAACAUGGGGAAACUCUCUAAGGAUCAGCUACAGGAACAGUUCCAUAAACUGCUACAGGUGUCACUUUGGGGGAACAAGUGUGACCUGUCUAUCUCUGCUGGUCAAGAAAAUUCACAGAAGGCCAGUCCCAUUGAUUCCCUCUCCAACCUCCAACCAUUCAUCCUGGUUGACAAUUCCGACAUGGUAUUGUCAGCCCUUGUUUCUGCUCAGAAGCCAGAGCAGCCUGGUAAAACCAGAGUGGAUAUUGUCCUAGACAAUGCUGGCUUUGAACUGGUCACAGACCUGGUCCUAGCAGACUUCCUGGUAACGUCUGGCCUCGCCCAUAAGGUCUGUUUCCAUGGUAAAUCCAUCCCCUGGUUUGUCUCUGAUGUCACUGCCAAUGAUUUCCGGUGGACCAUCCGACAGACCAUGGCAGCCAAUCACAAGUGGAUGUCAAAAAGUGGUUAUGAGUGGCAGAGCUACGUGCGGGAAGGUGUCUGGUCUUAUCAUGACCAUCCUUUCUGGACGCUGCCCCAUGAGUUCUGUGACAUGCCGGUUGACGCUCCUGACCUGUAUGCCACGCUGCAGGGUGCAGACCUGAUCCUCUUUAAGGGAGAUCUAAACUAUAGGAAGCUGACGGGAGACAGGUACUGGGACCACACGAUAAGCUUUAACACAGCCUUGCGUGGCUUUGGACCUGCCCCUUUGUGCAGCCUGAGAACUCUGAAGGCCAAUGUACAAGUUGGUCUCCAACCGGGCCAGGGGGAGAAGCUCAGCUCAAAGGAUCCGGACUGGAUGACCAAUGGCAAAUACGCUGUGAUUCAGUUCCACAGUCCACACUCGGAGCAAUAGGACUGAACUUGAGUUCUUACUGGAGAGAAAGAGUGAGACAUUCACAAGGGAAGUUACACAGACCAGUGUUGAUCAACAUUGACUCAGCAGGAGUUGUCUGUAAAGCCAUAAAAUAGUGUAGGUAUGGAGACUUUGUGAAGUUGUUAAGAGGGUUUCUUUGUUGUCUGCUGCUGCUUAGCAGUUCAGGUUAAGGAAGAAGAAUACAAUACUAGGAAACUUUGGCCUUGAUGUUUACUAAUGAUUUUACCAUCUUAUAUAUUACUUACAAUCUCAGCACUUCCAGACCAGCAUUUCCCUUCAUGGUAAUAAGGCAGAUGCGUUAUGAUGAUAUUUUAGCCAUACAGCUGGUGGUGGAAAAAAAGGUGGUGUUUCAGAACAAGUAAUCUAUCCUUUGUUCACACUGUAAUAUAUAUGUGUGUACAUGCCGACCUAGAUGUAAUUUAGAAUUAUUUAGGGAGCAUCAGCACUUUUACAUCUCCAUCCAAAUGUUCAUUCGGCAGGAAUACUUGAAUUUUUAUGUAUGUGUUGCAUGAGGAGUGGGAUAAACCGAACAUGCAGACAGUUAUUUUAAUUCAGGUCCAUUUAGCCUCUUGUGCUAAAGCGUUGCACUCAUUGUGGUAAAUAUGCAUGCGUCAAAGUGUGCUUGUUGUUUGCAGUCACCUUAGUUAAAUCACUGUAGACUAUUUACAAGGUCAUCUUAUGAAGUUUUACAUAAUUUUAUAGAUGGUAGACUGUCAUUGGGGAGGUGUAACAAUAAUGCAGACGAUGUGUGCUUGUUUUCUAGAUAAUGGCAACCCAAACCUCUGUAUCUAAAUAGAUAAGAAUGGACGUCUCAGUAAGCAACAAAUCAUGUCAUCUCAUUCUCUCCCCAUUACUUGUGCUGGUACCUCAGUGGUGACUGGUAAUUCUUCGUGCUGCAGUGGGAAAUCAUUUAUUUUUCAACAAUGUGCUUGGUUUAAUAAAGAAUUACCAUAUCUGGU